UCUUCCUGCUCUAGCUAAACAAAUAUUGAUCGUUACAUUUCUGAAGAAGAUCUGGGAUCUGGACUUCUGUGAAAGGAAUUUCUGUGAGACAAUAUUGGGUUUCAUAUUUUUGGAGAUUUCAAAAGUGAAGAUUGGAGCAAAUACCAUACACAGCUACUCCAUGCAGUUCUGUCAUUGAGAACCUGAUUUGGAACCUCUGCUCAGCUGUCCCUUGAGAGAUGGUGAAUGAAUAUAAGAGUAUUGUUUUGCUGGAUGGAUUACACCACAUCAGUGAUUAUCAUUUUGAGAUGAUUAAGUCUUUACUGGCCCGUGAUUUAAAACUGACUCCGAAAAUGCAACAAGAGUAUAACAGAAUUAAGAUCGCUGAUCUCAUGGAAAAGAAUUUCCCAGGGGCUGCCUGUGUGGAAAAACUAAUAGAAUUGAUCAAAAACAUACCAGAACUUCAAGAACAUGCUAAAACACUUAGAAAGAAGAAGCUAAAUGUUGCAAAGAAGUUAAGAGCAAAAGGGAAAACUCCAGAGAAAAAGGAGAAACCGGAAAGAGCAGGUCCUGCCACCCCUGCGCCUCCAGCAUUGGGCACUCAGACACCAAGUGGGGCAGAGGCGACUCCUGUUGCCCAGAAAAGAAAAAACACAAACCAAGAAAAGACCGGAACAAAAAAGACUAAGGUGUCCCAGGAGCAGACUCAGCAUCCCCAUCCAGCAGGAGUUAGUGAGUCCACAGUCAUGGACUUUUUUGCACCGCCAACCGAGAGCUUACCAUCCACUUCAUCCUCCAUGCCCUCAGCUAAGAAGGGUCCAUCUCAACGCAAGGGAGAUGCCAAGAGAAGCAUUCCUCAGAAGGGUCCCCUGACUGUGAUGGUGUUAAAGGCAUCAAAGCCAUUUGAAUAUGAGUGUCCAGAGCAGGAGAAAGACAUGAUGUUCCACGCCACGGUGGCCACUGACAAACAGUUUUUCCAAGUGAAGGUUUUAAACAUCAAUCUGAAGGAAAAAUUCACAAAAACAAAGGCCAUUACUUUAUCAGAUUACUUUGAGUGCAAAGGAAUCCUGGAGGUAAAUAGAGAGUCCUCUGUGUCUGACGCAGACCCUAGUCAUCUGAUUAAGGUCCCAAAGAGCCUCAUGAAAAGAGCAACAGAAACGCCUAAGAUUGACAGUCUCCUCAAGCAAGCAUCGGGGACAUUGGUGUAUGGGUUGUUUGAAAUUCAUAAGAAAAAAGUGAAUAAGAAGAAUACAAUCUAUGAAAUACAGGAUAAUACAGGGAAGAUGGAUGUAGUAGGAAGUGGGAAAUGGCACAAAAUUGAGUGUGAGGAAGGAGAUAAGUUUCGACUCUUUUGCUGGCAACUGAGAAUGAUUGAUCACAAGCUGAAUCUGACGUGUGGAAAUCACAGUUUCCUCCAGGUCAUCAAGACUAAGAAAUACAAGAAAGCACCACCCAGUUUUACUGUGAGUCUGCAGUUUGAGCCGAAGUGCUCCCUUCCAAAUCAAUUAGGUGGUCUCAGUAGUGAUACCAUCAAAGUCGAGACUCUCUGAAGUCAUAGAUUCAGCGGAAAUAAUCCAACACAUGAAGACAUUUUUA